CAUGGACGAAACAGCCGAGCAUUUUGCCGGCGUAGGUUUGCCCCCGCGAAAUUCAUUCACAAGAUUAUCAGCAUCUAGGUCAAGUUCACAAUUGGCCGGUGGAAGUUUAACGUCGAUUGAUGAAGUCGGGGUACAUUCUACUUUCGAAAACGGAAAAAACGACGAUAAACGUAAUCAUUCGAACUGUGAUCGAACUCAUUCGUCAGAUUCUGGUAUUGAUUCAGAUUCGUCUCCCCUCGAGUUUCACUGCAACGACGCACGGACAGAUGGAUCGCCGACGCUGAGUGGAAGUGAGAAUACCGUCAACGCUACUAAAACCACCACCAAUGUUAAUGCUCAUUGUUCAAAUAACGACGACGGUGACUCUAGGUUAAAGAAUAAGAAGAACACCAAUCAACAAAAUGAAACUAUGCAGCAACAGUCUUGGCUUCUUCGCUUAUUUGAGAGUAAACUCUUCGAUAUGUCCAUUGCCAUCACAUAUCUAUUCAAUUCCAAAGAACCGGGCGUUCAGUGUUAUCUGGGCAACCGGAUGUUUUCUUUUGACAAUAAGGACGUUGAUAGAUACUUACCUCAAUUAAUUAACAUGUAUAUAAAUAUGCACGAUGUUGCUGAAGUCAUUCAUCCGUAUUUAGUGCACAGAUGCAAGCAGAGUGUUGAAUUUAGUGUAUGGGCGGCCUGGUUUCUGGGUGCCUAUUCUGCGAAUGUGUUAAAACCUUCUUGGAAAAACUCUCAAGGCAUUAAAUUGAAGGAUAUGAUAUUAAAUGAAGAACUCAGACAAACGUAUAUUUCUAAAUCACCUGUAAAUACACCUAAUGGAACACCAGUAUUGCCUUUUGGUAGGACAAGCGCGUCCUCCAAGAAGCACAAACGCUCGGCCAGUGAUGUUACCGCCUGUACAACAGACACGCCUUGUGGUUUGAAAAAGAGCUUCUCGACAACGAGUGCCGCUUUAGCAGCUGCUGCAGCAGCCGCAUCUUCUGAUUUAACUUCGGGACACGCUUUCGACUCUGGUUGUAUAUGUCUGGAAAGUUCUGAGGGGGUUAAGAACGCCUUGCAAGGGAAAGAGACUUUCUGUCACUGUGGAGCCCCCCGCCUUAGACCUCAAGUUCAUCUAGUCAAAGCACUACAAGCAAUCGGACAAAAAUUAUCUAAAGUGAUGACAAAAGAACAACGUACGACUAGGCUGCAAGCUGAACUCUCUCAAAUCAACUUGAACUUACCCGCUCGAAUCUGGCUACCAACUUCCGAACCAACUCACCAUAUAGUUCGUAUUCCUCCAGUAGCAGCUGUCGUUUUAAACUCUAAAGAUAAAGCACCUUUCUUACUAUGUGUGGAGGUGCUGGAUUGCCACGAUACAAUCACUUCACCACUACCUUGCAAGCAAUUGGACAAUACACUACGUUACACGAGAUCGGAAGAAGAUUUAUGUACAGCUCCAAAUCAUAGCGGUGAUAAGACUUCACCAGUUUUAUCGCCACCGUCAUAUAAUUCUAGUCCACCACCAGUAUACGAAGAUGACAACGAAGCUUGGUUAUACGAUGACGUCCUAGUAAUGGCGGCUAAAAAUAGAAAUAUCGAUACAUUGAGUUUGGAUACAACUUCGCUGGAUAGUAUAACGUCGACGUCUAUUCAAGCAGUCGAUAUAAGGAAACGUCUAGCGGAUAAUGUAAGUCUGGGAUCGGGAAAAACAAAAUUCGAAAGGGAUCCAGACGACCCAUCGGCAGCAGCUCUAAAAGAGCCUUGGGUAGAUAAGAUAGAACGCAUUCGAGAAUCAUCCCCUUACGGGCAUUUACCAAAUUGGAGAUUGCUCUCGGUUAUUGUUAAAUGUGGUGACGAUUUGAGACAGGAACUAUUGGCCUAUCAGGUAUUGACCGAACUGCAAACAAUUUGGAAGACAGAGCGUGUUCCUAUUUGGGUUCGACCUUAUAAAAUAGUUGUAACGUCUAACGAUUCCGGAAUGAUUGAGCCAGUUACGGACACUGUUUCAUUGCAUCAAAUCAAAAAGAACUACAACGGUUCAUUACUCGAUUAUUUUACAGCCGAAUUUGGUGAUGUUAAUUCGGAAGAAUUUCUUGAAGCCCGAAGAAACUUUGUACAAUCAUGUGCAGGUUAUAGUAUUGUAUGCUACUUACUUCAAGUGAAAGAUCGUCACAAUGGGAAUAUUCUUUUGGAUUCUGAGGGACAUAUUAUACAUAUCGAUUUCGGCUUUAUACUUAGCUCUAGUCCUGGUAAAAACUUUGGAUUUGAAACUUCUGCGUUCAAAUUAACUCACGAAAUAGUUGAAGUAAUGGGAGGUCUAGGACAUGAUAUGUUUGAAUAUUAUAAAAUUCUCAUGCUUCAAGGAUUAGUAGCCGCUAGAAAACAUCAGGAUCGUAUUGUACCACUCGUUGAAAUUAUGCAGACAGGAUCUCAAUUGCCUUGCUUUAACAAGGGACCUUUAACAAUCAAGAAUUUAAAAGAAAGAUUCCAUAUGAGUAUGACUGAAACACAACUGCAGUUACACGUGGACUCGUUAGUCGACGCAUCUAUGAACUCAAUAACGACAAAACUAUACGAUAGUUUUCAGUAUAUGACAAAUGGUAUUAGAUGA